AUGUUCGCGAUCAACGGAAAACUACUCCCGGGCUGUGCCCUCUGUCUCGGUCUUCUCGUUACCUUCGCGGCCGCGCAGAACGCCAGCGAGGAGUCCGGGUCCGCCUCCUGGAAGCCCCUCCAGCCGCAGAAGCGUCAGGCUGUGGUGAAGCUGGACACCUUGGGCUCUGCAGCAGCCAAGAGCUACGAUCCACCGCCGGAGUUUUAUCGCGGGCCGGGCUCAUCUACCAAGUCUACCUCCAAGCUGGACAGCCAAGCGGCUGGUUUCAUAUCCAAGCCGAUUGGUUCACUGCCUCCAGUCGGAGGCGUCCACUCCCAGAUCAGCAGCCUUAACGACAAUCUCAGCGAGGCCUACGACAAGUGGCGUCUUGGGGGCGGAAGUCUCCAGGAUCGCAUCAGUGUGGGUCCCUAUGGAGGCAGUGGCAGUGCGGGUAAGAGCUACGCCUACGAUAGUCAUCCGUAUCCCUACGACUACGGGCCCAGCCAUGGAUAUGAGCCAGGACAUGCCCAGGGACACGCAGGAUAUUCCUCAAGCGGCGAGGCAGGAGUGCCCUACCACGUUUACAGACCUCGACCGGAGCACGGUCACUACCAGGGUGCAUCCGUGGACUACGGUUACAGUCCCUAUCAGGUGGACUCGCACGAGAUCGUCGCCCACAAGGGAUCGCCGGAGCUCUCGCCGAAAGCCUUGCUGGCCAAGAGCUUCCUUAUCCCGCUGGCGAGUGCCACUGUCCUGGGCAUAGCCGCUGCCUUGGUCAGCAAUCCCCUCCUGCUGCAACUGGCUCCAGUGCCUGGGAUCGGUGUUGGAGUGGGCGUCGGAGCUCCAGUCGUGGGCAAGCGUAGGCGGAGAAGGAGGGCUGAGCAGCGGACUCAGAGACAAGGAAAAUUAUAGAAA